AUGCUUGAUGAGCGCAAUCGAGGACUGAAGUACAUCAAGAGUCUGGAAUUCUACGUCCGCAAAUCGUCAGCGAAGCUCUCGCCAGGUGUCCACAAUGUCGGCAAGUCACUCCUUGCUUACAUCAAAACGUUACUGCUCUGGUCCGCUCAGAAUAAUCUCAGGAACGUCGAGUUCUAUCAUGGAACCUGGUCACAUGGCCCAAAAGCCGCAAGCAACGCCAUCAAAGCCGUAGAGCACGUCAACCACGUCCGAAUUACGCCGAACAGCUAUGAAGGCCUUCAGCACAUCUAUAUCCUUUUCAAGAACCGUCGCAUCUCAGCUUUGCAUCUCGACUUCCGCACGCUCGCUCCUGAACCAAGCCCUCCGCGGAAUAACACUUCAGGACCGGGCGUAGAUCAAAUCACUACACUGCUAUUCGCUCAUCUUAUGCCCAUCAAGAACGCAACACUCAACCUCACACAGUUGACUCUGUGGAAUGUCGAUUUGUCGCUUUGUGACAAGAGCUGGAUCCCCUUGCUGGAUCACAAGGCCCUGCGGAAGUUGGAACUGGUUCGCUGCCUUGGAACGGGUCGUUUCUUGCGUAGCCUAAUCAAUCAUCCUACGCUUAUCAACGAACCUGCGCAUUUGGAGAGCCUCGUGAUAGUCGUUGAUGCUGAUGCUAUCGAAGCCAACGAUACUGUCCCAGCAGUGGACCAUUUCCUCCGAAACACCCCAAUUUCUCUUGAGCAUCUCUGGCUACAGAUUCCGAGACAGAACGAGCUGCCGACAUUAGCUCACAUUGCCCGCCACGGCAUAACCCUCAAGACCCUCCACCUAGAUUGCUCAAACUCCCAAGCCGGAGAGAGUCAGCCCUCGUCAGCACACUACAACAUUGAUGUUCUACGCAAAUAUCUUCCUCGCUUCGCGAACAUCACACAGCUCGGCCUUUCUCUGCAGCCUUUUCUGAACGCAAAGUUCACACGUGAAGAUGGAAUCUAUCUCUUAUCGGAGAGCCCUGGCCCAAUCCUGGCGAAGAUCAAUCCCGCAACACUCGUGAUACCAACAAGCCCUUCAGAUAUCCAUGACGCCUCCGGCCUCGCAGCAGCUCCAACUGUAGACAUGCAAGCGUACAUAUGCGGGAUGAUGGCGACCUCAAUCUUCCAGCUCAGUACCGAGCUCUGCCGUCAAUCCCGCCUUCCGCGACGGUCAAAUCUGCGUACGAUUGCCUUCCGGCUACCUUCACCAGUGGGACUUGCUACGCCGUUAUCUUCUGGGGCUUGUUUCACACAGGCAGGUCGAACGGGGAGUGCGGUUACAGCGCCAAACCGAACAGUCGCUUGUUUCACCCGCGGCAGAUUGACUGUUGAUGGCGUUUCCUCUGAGGUUGCGGUACCUAUCAGUCUCAACAAGCUGACUGAUUUGGGUGAGGAGGUGGAAAUCGUAGAGCGCAUGGCUAUCUUUGGGGAUGACGUCCUGGAGGUUUGA